AUGGCGGGAUUAAUUGAGAAGUUUGUAUGGGUUUAUUUUUUAGCUAUGAUCAUCUGUUGCCAUCUAUCUCUAUUAAUUUGUCAAGAUGUAGUCUCAAACAAGCAAUCUUGCCCCAGCAAGCCUCCAAUUUAUGAUUUAGUUGAAAAAUAUAUUUUUUCAGUGCCUUUAAUAAAGAAAAGUAUUAUUGCGAUAUAUUCAUCGCUGAAAAUCAAAGACGAUUUAAUCGCAUUAAUAGCAUUAGCUGGAAUUCCAGCACUAAUAGCAGAAAAUAUGUUCAUUGUCUACUUACUCUCCCAUCUGUGAGCGAACAAAACCAUUGGAAAAUCCCAAAAACCCACCCUCCUUAAGUAAACAAAAUAUUUUUUAUGAAAAAAAAAUUUUGAUAUAUAAGUGAUAAUUAGUAUAGCUAAUUCUGUUUGAUUUUAAACAGCUUGAAUUUUAAACAUAAAUUUUACAAAUUAAUAAGUUGGGAUUUUUUUAAAUUUCGAAAAAAAAUUACUAUAAAUUUUAAAAAAAAAUUAACAAAAUUUUUUUGUUCGCUCACUGUUGGGGAGUUAGUAAUCAGAUACACUUUAAGCUUUAUUUCAACCAUCCUCAGCAAUCUUUUAAAAGGAAUUGUCAUCUCUUUAGUCCUCUCUCUACUAAUAUCCCUCCUAUUUGGCGAAGAAUUCACAUCAGAAACAUUCAUUUCCACUAUCUCAAGCAACCUCGACACCACCUGGCAUACUCUUUCCUAUUACGCCAACCUCGCAUCAACUUUCUUCCUUCACUAUAAUAAAUAA